GCAACCAAAACAAACCCGACCCAACUCCAAAAACCCGCGCCGAUUUAUAAUCCACGCCCCUCACUCUCCCUCGUCUUUCAUUCCAAGAAAAACUCUCCGAUUCUUUCUCUAGAGCGAGAGAAGAAAAGCUUCGCGGCCGCUCACGAUCGCAAUUCUUUAGGGAAGCAAUGGCAACACUAGACUCAGACGUUCCGAUGAUUCCGGCAGGCGAGGGUUCGAGCAGUGCAGGUCCUUCGUCGACCAAAAAGCCCAAGCGAUUUGAGAUUAAGAAGUGGAAUGCAGUAGCUCUCUGGGCUUGGGAUAUUGUGGUUGAUAACUGUGCCAUUUGCAGGAACCAUAUCAUGGAUCUCUGCAUUGAGUGCCAAGCAAACCAGGCUAGUGCCACAAGUGAGGAGUGCACGGUUGCUUGGGGGGUUUGUAACCAUGCAUUCCACUUCCACUGCAUUAGCCGAUGGCUCAAGACCCGACAAGUGUGCCCCUUGGAUAACAGCGAGUGGGAGUUUCAGAAGUACGGUCACUAGACUAAUGUGGCAGGUUGAAUGUUCUGUGCACUUUCUCCGCUGGCAGUGUCAAUGAGGGUCUCAUCCCCUCGUGUCUAUCCUUAGUCAAGCCUAUGUUUUUACUUUGUAAUUUGGUAAUUCAACUGAGCCGGUAUAUUUUUUGUAAAGCAUUCGGCUGCUUAAGUGUCUGAUCGUGGAUUGGAUAUGUUAAGCAGUCAGCUACAACUUUUCAACUAUAUCGCAUUCGUAGGCAGGGUUUUCUUUUGGAUUA